AUGUCUUCUAGUGACGAAGAAAGUAAACAACCGAAACUUGUUUCUGAUAACCGAGCACAGCUAGUCAGAAUCUUGCAGCUACAAAACAAUAAAAUAGUACUAAAUAAGUCAAUGGUACCAAAAAUGGUUUCAGCAAAAGAAACUGCCUGGAUGAUAAUUAGAGAGGAAUCCAUAAAAUAUACAGGGAAAAACGUAACUAUAGAUCAGUUGAAAAAACUUCUUAACAAUAUGAAAAGCACUGUUAAGAAAAACACUGACUUGUCAUCAACAGGAAAUAAACCAAUCAAGUUACUUCAAUGGGAAAAAGAUUUUCGAGAAAUUUUAAAUGCUGAAGAAAAUAGUAAAAUACCAGGAGCAAUAACAGUUGGGUUAGAUUCCAGUAAUAAAUGUGUUUUACUUCCCACACAGUUAAAUGUAAGCGAAGCAACAACAGAUACAAGAAAGGGUAGUCAGCAGAGACAUAUUUUACGCAAAGAACAUGCUGCAGAUAUUUCUUCCGUGUCCAGUGGCCACAAUUCUAAAAAACAAAGGUUGUUAGCAGCAGAAACAGAAGAAACUGUAGGUUUAUCAACUCCUGAACUUCAACGCUUAGUACUACUAGAGCAGUUGAAACUAACUAGACUACAAAUUGAAAAAGAGAAACUCCAACUGAAAACCUACGUCGGCAAGAAAACGAAGCUAUUAAUACCCAAAAGAAUGACGAUCCUUUAG